CUCUUACAGCAUGCAUCCAUGCAGGCAAUCCUCCCACAGAACCCACAGUAGCCAUGAAUGAAGAACAAAUUUUGGUAUUUUGAGUUUGGCACUUCUGAAACUUUCUCAGCCACCUGCAAGAAGCUGCAUGAAUCUGUAGAAAUAGAAUGUGAUGGAAUUCAGAUAGACUUAAUCAAUAUUUCUCUGGAAGGAAUUGCCAUUCUGAACAUUCCAAGCAUGCACGGUGGAUCAAAUCUUUGGGGAGAGACCAAGAAAAGACGUAGCCAUCGUCGAACUGAAAAGAAGAGGUUGGAUAAAAGAACUACUGUCACAGAUGCCAAGGAAUUGAAGGUUGCAUGUCAAGAUCUGAGUGAUCAGCUGAUGGAAGUGGUUGGUCUGGAAGGAGCCAUGGAAAUGGGUCAGAUAUACACAGGAUUGAAAAGUGCUGGUAGGCGACUUGCACAGUGCUCAUCUGUUGUCAUCAGAACCUGCAAGUCGCUGCCUAUGCAAAUUGAUGGAGAACCAUGGAUGCAGACCCCUUGUACAAUAAAAAUUACCCACAAGAAUCAAGCCCCAAUACUGAUGGGACCUCCUCCAAAAACUGGUCUAUUCUCCUCCAUCAUCAAAAGAACAAGGAACCACAGUAAAGAAUAAGCCUAUGAGUUUAGUUCUUAGAAAACAAAUUAGCAGUGCUGGGCUUUGAAAUAUUUAUGCCGAUAAUCUUUCAAAAGUUUUAGAAUACUCACAGAAUCCUGGAAUUUGGUAUAAUAGUUUCUGUGACUGAGCUAAUGUAAAAUUAUGCUAUUAGAAAAAAAUAUUGUCACUUUUUUAGGCAUUUUGCAUGAAGAAAGCAGAUGUUUAUAUACAGUGAUAUGGAAUAUUUUUGUUGCAUGUAUUACCAUUUACUAAUUUAAGGGAUAAUUCUGCCAUGGAACAUGAGGAGGAAAUGCUCUGGGAGGGUAAUUUGAUUUAUUUGGUAGGACUUUAUUUGUAGUUAAUCUAAUGCAGUGAUCAUAAUCCAGAGAUUCUGUAGUUGCCCUCUUGAACCCAAGCAUCUUCCAAUCAGCAACUGAUUUGACCUGUAUCACAUAAGAGCUUGGGAGUUCACUGAUCCCAUUAAUUUGCCCUUUUACACUUAACAUUUCUUGCCACUUUUGUGAAUAUUUUUCUUCAGCAAUUUAACCUCACUGAAUAGUAUUAAAAUAUUUUUCUUUGCUAAUACCACUCAUCUUUCAAACACUGAUGCAUGUGAGUAACUUUACACACAUACAAGUCUCAUUGGAUCACUGGUACUACUCACAUGCAGCUAACUACUCAUGUGUAAGUUUUUGCAAUUUGGGAAGUCAAUGCAGGUUUGUCUGAGCAAGGACUACAGGCUAGGGCUAGGCAGAGAAUAAAUGGAAUACUGCUUGUGAAGCUAGCCAACAGUGUUGUUUGUUGAAACAUUAAAACAUUUUACUCAACAGUAAAUCUUUGUAAUAUGUCAAAAUUUAAAUCAUCUUGUUUAUUAGUCUAUAGUGCAGAGUGUAUGCACACAAAUAACCAAACCGCAUGCCUAAUAAACUGCAUUUCCCACCAUAGAUUUAGUGAAGGAGGCUUCAGAGAAAUGGGUUAAUGCAUAAUUAAUCAUGCACACUGGAGCAGACAUACUUUUGAAAAUUUACAGUUCUUUGAUUACCUUGGCAAUGUCCAAAUUAAUCCUGGAAUAGGAAAGCCAGUCUAUUAAUUACAAUUUACAUACUCACCUUUCAUUUGUUUUAUACAUUAACAGACUGACACCUAAACUUGCUGCUUCACAAUUAAAACCGUUUCUGAUUUUUUUUUUUGUUAUUUAUAAUUUGCAACAUCCCUAAUUUUCUCAUGCGAUUGAUUAGUCUCCUAAAGGAAAGGACAUGUUCUUAUCUGUUCCCUUUUUAGUGACUGCUCACUGAAAUCAAAACAAUUCCUCUUAUAAUAAUUUGAGAAGCAAUUGUUUAGGUCUUCAUUUUCUCAGCCCUUUGAGAGACUUCUUAACAGCUUCCAAAUGGCAGCAGAGGUCUUAUUGUGUAUGGUUCACAUGGCACUGUCAGACUGUCUAAUGGUUAGAUCCAAGAAUGGCAACCUUUUUCAGGAUUGCAUAUAAAUUUAUAAUAUGGGUCUAAAGUAAAAUGGUUUUUUUUAUGCAGCCUUGACAUUGUUCUUUGUUCAAAACGACCUACACCUCAUCACUGCAUGUUUUAUGUUCUCAAACAUUCCAGCAGGCGGGUGGGGGGAAGGACAGGAGAGAACUGCUUGAAAUGCAUGAUUCAUUAGUUUUCUCCCACCUUUAUCAAUACAUUAAAGUGCCAAUGAGUUAUCCAAUCUCUUUUUUUAUCAAUAAAAAAACAAAUAGCAUUUAAUCAUUCUGUUGUGCACGGUACUGUGCAUGGAUUUAAGAAAAGCUGCUACCAUUUGGUUCCUCGGUAUCAGUAUUCAACAUCUCUUUUGUAUAUAAUAGAUACUGAACAAAAGGCAGUGUACUGCUAGUGAAGAUUAUGUAUAUGAAAUAUUGUUCUCAAUGUUCUGUAAACAUUAGGAGGCAAAUUAAGUUCAGCAUCAGUUAGAAAAAUGAGGUGACAAUUAUUCCUUAAAAUUAAGACAUAAUUCACUAUUGCUGGGUCGAGUGACAUAGGAUUCGAACGUCACUUGUUUUGUAGAUUAUUUGCACUCGCUCACACACAAAUGAUUCUGAUGCAGAAAUUACUGCAUCAUUCCAUAAUUACAAGGUAAAAAUAUUUGCAUAAAGAAUACUUGCUAGCAUAAUGUGCACAUUGGCUUUCUGAAAUUAUGGUUAUAGGUAAUAAAUAUUUUCACAUGACUUGACAUAGAAUUUUCUACGGUUGCUAUUCAGUUUUUUUGUGUUUAAAACAUGUUUAAUGAUAUCAUUAUAUAAUGUGCCCUCUAUGAUAAUCUCAUGAAUACUGUAUCCCUGAAAAAUAAAUAAAAUGGUGCAUAGGCUAUUUUUUAACAAUGUAUGGCAUUUUUAAAGUGUUGGAUAGCCUGUGAAUAGGUAACUGUCAGAUAUACUGUUUUUCAUAUAUAGAAGGAUAGAUGGGCUCAUAUAUUCACACCCACACUCCUCCAUCAGAAUAGUUGAUUUCUCUCAUGAUAUUUGUGCUAAAGGGGCUAACUCACAACUUCCAUUGUCACUGAUGAAAUAAAUAUAACAGAUCAUUCAUUAAAAUCAAUGGCAAAACUCACAUUGACUUCAGUGGGCACAGGGAAGGAAUCAGUCCAUGAUGAUAUUUGCAAACUAACGUCAUAUGAAAUACAUGCAGUGAGACUGUCUGAAUAUUCUCACUGGAUUUGCAAAUUUGGCAUUGACUUGCUAGAAUGUUGCAGCCGCUCAAAGCAAUGUUCAGUCAAAAACAUCUCUUCUCCCUCUCCUUGACAUCUUUUAUUCACUCACUACUUCCUUUACUCACUUCUUUUCUUCCUUGGAUUUGGUUAGAUGAAUCACUGCAGG